ACACUUGGAGUUAGUGAUCGAUAGAAAAUAAAGAGUAUACCUAGGAAAGGGGGUGAUUCUUCAAGAUUCGCGUUGAAACAGAAGUGUAAAAAUGGAUAUCAAUGUUAAGAAAUUUGUGAAAGAUGCUGGUGCUGUGUUCAGUAGAGUCGUACAGUUGACAGAGGAAACAUUGGGAACAUCAGAAAAAACUGAAUUGGAUGCUCAUUUAGAGCAUCUUGCAGACAGGGCAAAUGCGACUAAAACAUGGACUGAAAAGAUUCUCAGGAAUAUGGAAGCAGUACUUACUCCUAAUCCAGGAAACAGAGUUGAAGAUUAUUUUUAUGAGAAGAUCGAUAAAAAGAGGCCUAGCAGAUUGACUAAUUUAGAAUACAUGGGAAUGGACAUGAUAGAAGCUGGAAAUAAUUUUGGUCCAGGAGUGGCUUAUGGCAGUGCAUUGAACAAGGUUGGUCAAUGCCAACAGAAGUUGGGGCAGAUUGAAAGGAAUUUCAUUAAAGAUGCAGCGAUCUGUUACAUACAACCGUUGAGGAAAUUUUUGGAAGGUGAAAUGAAAACUGUCACGAAAGAGAUGGCAAUAUUGGAAAAUAAGAGAUUGGACUUGGACUCGUGCAAGAACAAAGUGAGGAAAGCGAGAAGUAUGUUGGGGCAGCAGAGUGAGUCUGGAGUAUCACCUGAAGUGUUACUCGAUCAGGCAGAGAGGGAGUUGAGAAUAGCACAAUCGGAGUUCGAUCGCCAAGCGGAGAUCGUGAAAUUACUACUAGAAGGAGUUCAAAGUUCUCAUGCUGGACACUUGCGGUGCCUGCACGAAUUCGUCGAAGCACAGGCUCGUUAUUACGCUCAGUGUCAUGCGACGAUGCAGGACUUGCAACGUGAACUUGCUGGCUUAUCUGGGGGUCCUUAUCACCCGACAACCGCACCAACAUCCAACGUAACAGACGGCGAUGAACAACUAGCAAGGGUAUUAUGCGAUUUUACUGCGAGUAAUUCCGAGGAAUUGAGCGUCGUGAAAGAUGAGGUAAUCAACGUAAUUGAGAUACCGGGUGAUGACGACUACGUAACAGGCAUAAGUGGAACAAGACGCGGAAAAGUGCCGGCAGUGUAUUUAGAGCUAAUUGAUUCUACACCACGAAAGUUCAAUUAUUAAUUACCCUCAAUGCACGUUCCGUUGUAUUUGAAUAUUCUAUUCUCUACUCGAUUUCAAUUAAGAUUCUCAUGCACUGCGAAAACAUUUCUUCUACUUUGUGCAACGAGUUUAAAAGAUAUACUUCUAUCCCGAAAAGUACGAUUACUCACAGAAUUACUAUUUUUCUGUGGAAUCUAUAUAAGUGAUAUUGUAUAUAAUAAAAAUGUAAACCCGUAAUAUAUGCAUAUCAAGUACCAAAUAGUCAAUACUCAAAAUGCAAGCUCGAAAUUAUAAAAAUGAACUACCUGUAUAUAUGAAUGAAUUAUUGUUGAAAGAAGCGUUGUAUUCUCGAAAUGUGAACUCUACGUUAUAUGCUGAUAUUGUCUGUUAUGAAUAAAGCAGAUAUACCGAUUAA